AUGUCUUUCGCCAUGGUGGGCACGGCACCCAGCAGGUUCCUCUACUCAGAGGUCAGCAUGCUGUCGGAGGAUGAGGAGAACGGCAGCGAGAGCUCAGGGUCAGAUGAGAGACCUUUCCAUUUUGAUGGCCCCGGGUACAAGACCAAGGUUGGCAAUGAUCACAAAUCCAGCAGCCACCCAGGCCCCCCAGGGCCCCCCAAGGUGGAGGCACGGCAGAGAAAUGUCGCCAAUGCCCGCGAGAGAGAUCGAACCAAUAGCGUGAACACGGCUUUCAGCGCCCUGCGCACCCUGAUCCCCACCGAGCCGGCCGACCGCAAGCUCUCCAAGAUCGAGACGCUGCGCCUGGCCUCCAGCUACAUCUCGCACCUGGGCAACGUGCUGCUGGUGGGCGAGGCCUGCGGGGACGGCCAGCCUUGCCACGCCUCCUCCAUCUAUUACCAGCACGGCUCGCCCGGCAGGGACCUGGAGAACUCCCAGCCCAAGCAGAUCUGCACCUUCUGCCUCAGCAACCAGAGGAAGAUGAGCAAAGAGAGAGACAGAAAAUCAACUCUGAGAAGCUAAUAACAAAGGAGGAGGACUGCUGA